GUUCUGUUUCGGGUUUCAGUAGUAGUAAAGCCGGUGCAGAGUGAGCUCCUCAUUGCGUGCCAGCCAGACAUCCUGCAAGAAUUUGACAAAAUUUCCAAAUCUCGCCUAAAAUCUACAAUGAAUAACGUCGUUCGAUCCUAAUUUCGGUGUAUUGUUCGAAAAAAUCGGUCAUCGUGGCGGCCACAUCGGGAAAAAAAACCCCCAAAGAUAAUAUGCUCAAACUAUUAACUCAUAAAUUGAGGACACAUUCGAUAAACGACCCGAAUAUCAUUGAGAAGGUUGAUGAGGAGCGUGAUUCUGGAACUGAGUCUGAUGAUGAUUUAGAACCGGAAUUCACCAGUGCACGCAUGCAAGAACGCAUAGUCAAUGUAUCACCUGCAGAUACCGGUUGUUCAAUGGAGAGCCCAGCACCAGACCAGCACGACCCACACAGUUCCGAGGAAGAGCUGGAGGUGAUCAAUCGGAACAAGGAAGACAACGACGAUCGUCCUGCAAGAGCGGCUUCAGUGUGUCUGCCCGAAAAGAGGAAAUGGUCCCAGAUAAGCGGAGGCGUUAGGAGUAAUAGAGAAAAUGUCGAAAAUAUGUCCCCCAAAGACAACACUAGCCCUCGAUCUUCUUGCUCGCCAUAUCAAAAGGAAGAGGCUGGUCAUCAUUCAGGAUCAUCGGAUGACGAGGUCCACCACCUUUUAGCCAGUAUGUCAACCCCAGUCCAGUUCAGAACGUCGCCGCCCCUGGAGGCGGUUAAACCAGGUAGGAGAACGCCCUUGCACAAAACGCGUUCCAUGAGUCCCCCAGCUAAACUUUUACAUUACGACCUGUCACCCAGGAAGCGAUCGAGACAUUCUAGGCACCCUCAUGUACAAAGGCCCUAUUUGGAUUUCGAAAAGAUGCAACAGGUGAAAGCAAUGUCUGUGACCACAUGGGGUCAUGCUGGAGACCACGGAGGUGAAUGGUCUGUAUACUGUUGGUGAGGAAAGCUUAGAGGGCGCUCCCUGUCGCCCCUCUUGCGAAGAAACAACCAAGAAAGUCCCUUAUUAGGGAGCCUACCAUGCUUAUUCACUCUAAAUCUGGACCUUUGAAGGUUUCAAGAUGCAAUCUGCAGAAUCCGCAUGGUGCGCUUUUUGUUUGUUUGGGUGAGAAACACCAAAGUGCGAGUAAAAAUCGUCUCCUUGAAUUCAAUAAAAAUUUCGAAACUCUGUCACCUCAUACUAACAAUUAAUUUUUUUCUAAUUUGAUCUUGAAUACUAAGGAUGUGUAGAUUUCAUUUAGAUCGAUAAGGUGGACUAAAUCAUUGUCUUAAAUUUCCAAAAGAAACCAGAAAAUCUGGAUUGUGAGUUCAACUAGAUCUCAGUAUGCUUCUAUUGGGAGCAUCCAAAAGCGGGGAACCUCUUUAUGCGGCAGCAAUCCUCACAUAUUUUUUUUAUAUCCAAAAAACCACUCAAUUUGGAAACAGUAAAAACUAGUGUGCCUAAAAACUGGAAGUCACUACCAUGAUUGUUGUUGCAUCUCAUGAAGAGAUUCUCAGACUGAAACUGUGUACCUAUUAUAUUAGUAAUAACUAAUAUUUCGAUAACCUCAAAGUGGAAUAAUCAUUCCUACGUGUAAGAAAUAUUAAGAUUUUAGUUGUUUCUGGGAUUGUGUGUUUUCAUUUCAGCGGCUAUUGAAAAUUUUUUCAGGCAGGAUCCAAAACUUGCUUGAAGUUGAAUAUGGUUUUUGAAAGGGUAUCAAGCUUGCUACUCAACAACAGACGGGUAUCUCUAGUUGUUGUUGAUCUACAUAAUGGGGCAGAAAUUUUUGCUAAAUAGUGUAACUCAAUAAUAUAUUGAACUUUGAACCACAUUAGAUAGAUUGAACGAUCAAGUUUACUUUCACCAUUGAACGAGUUUCCUCAUCUUUUCACUGACUCCCAUACGUUUUUAUUUCUAAAUAAUCCUAAGUUGAUCAUCAGCAUAAAGUGUGGUUUUGAUUGAAAUUCUUGUUUGAAUUAGAAUUACCCGAUUGAACAUAAAAAUGUCGAUAUUUGUUCCAAUGCACUCACUAUAAAACUGAAUGUAUUUCUGAAACAUAUUCCAUAGAAAUUUCUAGGUAAAAAGGUUCUCAAUAGUUUUUAGUUGUUUCAUACAAAAUAAACUAGUUUUUAAAAUCUAUAUGUGUUAGAUUACAAUAUUUACUAUGCUUUGUUUCUCGAGUAAAAUAUUUUUUACAGGAUAACAAUACAACAGUCAAAAAUUCAAUUGAAACAUAAAAUGAACAUCCAUCUACGUAUCAUGAGUUUCUUUCGAACAAAUGGAAAACAAAACAUUCGUAUAGUACUCAAAAAAUAAACAUUUUAUGCGAAAUAUUUUGCUCGAAAUGAAAGCCAUGUUUUUGCCAUAUUUAGAAAGUACUAGGCACUACUAAUAAAUGUUUUUGUGGUAGUUUAAACAACUCAAAAUACUGGCUAAGCAGACGGAUCGAAAUAUCGGUAGAAAUCGAGUGGAUAAAAUAACGUUCAAAUCAAAAAAUAGUGGAAGAAAAAGUGCAUGAAAGUUCUCUGAUCUAAUGGGAUUACGAAUACCCGAAACGUGCAUUGUGGACUUCAACAAAUUGAUAAUAAAAGACUCUUUUUGAAAUUGUGUGAAGUGUAAUUUUAUAUGAACUUAUUGGAUUUUACUGAACUUCAUAUUUUUGACAAUGUUUUUUGAAUAGCACAAAAUUGACGAAUAUCGGGAGUUUUCUAAUUGAAUAUGGGUAUGUACAGCAGCACUGAGAGUCCAUACAAUGUUGGUCAUCUCAUCUGUCCAAACUGAUAUUAUUGUUCCAAUAGAAUUUUGCUCAUGAAGUUUUCAAUCUGAGUACAAAUUAUGAACUAUUUGAGUUGAAAUAUUUUUAUUGUAUUUGGAAGGUCCAGUUCGGAGAUAAGAUAAACAUUCACAAUAUUUUCUAGUAAAAACAGAACUGUCAAUAAGCAGGGUGAAAGAUAAAGUCAAUUCGUUUUUCGUGCGAAAUUUUUGCAAAUGUUGUUUGGAAUGUCUGAGAUAAGUACCUAAUAUCUUCUUUGACAGAGAGCUCAACGAAUAUAGAGAUGUUGAUCUCUAAGAUUUGUUUCAAAGUAUUUUACGUACUCAUUUAUCAUUAAAGACAACAUUAUUUUCAAGUAACAAAAAAUUGGGCUGAUAAAUGGUUCUUGAAAAAAAUUAUCACUCACUCAACUCAACAUUUGAGGAAUAUUUACCAAUAAUAUAAUGUUUUUUGGGUUCAAUAAAAACGUAUUUUCUAGAAAACAUUGUUAACAUAUCAAAAUAGUACAAAAUUAAUUCUGCCAUAAUCUGAACAUCCAAGUCGUUCAAACCUGUCGUAGUUCAAACUUAAAAUAACAUCACAAUAUUGUCAAGGGACAACAAACUCUUCAGUUAUGUACAAGAACAGAUGUUUUUCGAACAAUUGUCCAAAUUGAAAGACAAAUUUUGUGUUAUUCAUGGUAUUCAUUGGAUAUUGAAUAAGCUGACUCGACGAAUAACCAUUGUACCUUAGCGAAUCGAGUGAUUUUCACUCGAUUUCAGAGAAUAUUGCUCGAGAACUGAUAAAAUGUCGGAGAAGUUUAUUCCUUGUAAAAUAAAAUAAUGUAAAAACUAUUGAAUGUCGAGAAUAUUUACAAUAUGAAGUCAUGAAUUUUUAUAUGUAUAUCUGUAGGUAUAUAUGAAACUACAUAGAAUUUAAAUUAUGAUAAGGAUGAUGUAGAUAGUUUUGUUUCAGUUUUUUCCACAUGAAAUUUCGAAUAUUUUUGUGAUUCAUUUACUUUUAAGAGUAUUGUAACGUUACAAAUCUCGUAUUGAAUAUUUUCAUUCUGAUGAGUGGGUAAAAUAUUUCUUAUUAUUUGAAUCAGUGAUAUGUUUCAAGUAUUUUUACGUAUUGCGUAAGCAAAUGUUGUGAAUUUAUUACUAGUGUAGAUUCGAAGAUGUGAUAAUAACGUUGUUACAUAGAAUUGCUCGUGGUUCUAUAUAACUACAGGCACACUUGAUUUAAAUUACUGUUAGUUGCAAUACAGAUACUUUUUUAUUGACUAACCAUUUACUUAAUAAAUAUUUUUUAUCA